AUCACGUGAUGUCCAGAUCUGUUUUGUUUACAUAAUCGGUUUGUCCUUGCAUGAUUGCAGUCUAAAAUAGCUGUGUAGGGGAACUUAAACAGCACCUUAUUUGCCAUUUAUUGGUAAAAGAUGUCUGUGAAACAUGCCAUCAGCCGGGGGUUUGAGUUAGGGCGAUCGGCUUUGCAAUUUGGUCUCCUAAAACCUGCUGGCCGACUUGCCGCAAAGUUCCGAGGUGAACGUCUUCGGGUAGGCCAACCGGUCCGUACCGUUCAGCCUCAGACUUUCCUGCCAGCGCGGUACAGAUAUUACCGUAUGUCGCUGAGAGGUCUCGCCGCUCAGCUCGCAUCUGGUGGUUUUAGGAGGUAUGGGUUCGGCUCACCACGAAACAGGGCUGUAUUUCUUGCUUUUGGUUUUGGUGUGGGACUGAUCGAGCAACAGUUCGAGGAUGACAGGAACAGUGCUGCAACAUGUCAGGAAAUUCAGGCUAUGUUCAGGAAGAAGAAAUUCCAGAGCCCUCUCAAGCCUUUUACCUCAGGAUACAAACUGGAAGACUAUGUUAUUGGGAAGCAAAUUGGCAAAGGUUCCAAUGCAGCCGUGUAUGAAGCUGCGGCUCCCUUCGCCGUUCCAAAGGAGAGUGGCAAGUAUUCCAUUGUAGAGCUUAAUUCUGGGAGAGAUGAAGAAGUAAAAGCCAACUCUCUGGGCAAGUCCUCAAUGGGAAUCUAUCCUCUGGCUGUCAAGAUGAUGUGGAACUUUGGGGCAGGUUCCUCCAGUGAGUCUAUUCUGAGAUCCAUGUCUCAGGAGCUGGUUCCUGCUGGCCCGCUUGCCUUAAACAAGGACAAAGACCAGAUUGCUCUGGAAGGCCACUUUGUGGACGUUCCCAAGAGGGUGUCUGCUCACCCCAAUGUCAUCCGAGUGUACCGGGCAUUCACAGCGGACGUGCCGCUGUUGCCUGGUGCCCAGGAGGAAUAUCCUGAUGUGCUGCCAGCCAGACUCAACCCCAACGGCCUGGGCAACAACCGCACCCUGUUCCUGGUGAUGAAAAACUACCCCUGCACCCUGCGUCAGUACCUGGCUGUGUCUAGCCCCAGCAGGAGGGAGGGCUCUCUGAUGCUGCUGCAGCUGCUUGAGGGGGUGGACCACCUGUGUAGGCAGGGCAUCGCUCACAGAGACCUCAAGUCAGACAACGUACUUCUGGAGUUUGACUCAGAUGAAUGCCCUCGUUUAGUGAUCACUGAUUUUGGCUGCUGCUUGGCCCAGGAUGACUCCAGUCUGCAGCUGCCCUUCAACAGUGUGUGGGUCAACAGAGGAGGCAACGCCUGUCUGAUGGCGCCUGAGGUGGCCACUGCUGUCCCAGGGCAGGGUGUGGUUAUCGACUACAGCAAGGCAGAUGCCUGGGCUGUGGGGGCCAUCUCCUAUGAGAUAUUUGGCCAGCCCAACCCUUUCUACAGGGUGGGGGGAUUGGAGAGCAGGAGUUUCCAGGAGAACCAGCUUCCUCCUCUGUCUGCCAGUGUGCCAGCAGACAUACAGCUGGUGGUGAGACUGCUUCUACGGAGGAACCCCAACAAGCGCCUCAGUGCUCGCGUGGCUGCUAACAUGUUGCACCUCAGUCUCUGGGGACGGAAGGCCUUAGCCAAUCAGGAUAGCGCUGGCAUGAAGAGGCUAGCUGAUUGGCUGCUGUGCCAGUCGGCUGUGGUGCUCCUCAGGGGCUGCAGCGGCCCCAGUGGGAGCUCGGUGGAGGCGGAGCUACAAAGGUGUUUCCUGUCGAACCUGGAUCUGGAGGACCUGCGAAUGGCUGUGGGCUUCCUGGUGUAUGGACGAGAGCAGCACCGAGACUGCAUCCUGGCUCGCUAGAAUCCUCCCA